AUGGACGAAGAUGCCACGCCCGAGGCCAGGGUUGCCCACCAGGUGCUCUUGCGCCUCGCCGAACUGCCUGGCUACACCUGGGACGCUGACACCGAGCCCUUCCAUAGCUCCUACGACAACUGGCACUUUUUCGGCGUCCAGCACAACACCAGGCCCCCUACCAACUCCAUCAACCGCGCCGCCACCUCGCAGAGCUUCUCGCGCGCCGCCGACGGCCGCCCGCCGCUGAGAAAGACGCAUCGCUCCUCCAACAGCGAGGCCAGCGCCACCUCGUUCGCCCACGCCGCCGGGUCCGGCCGGCACGUCAUCGCGCGCGUCUCGAGCCACAUCCUGCGCCUCGAACGCGAGUUCCAGCUGGCCAAAGCCAUCGUGGGCGAAUGCGACCCCGACUGCCACCACUUUGUCCGCCCCAUCGAGCUUGUCCGUCUGCCUGCCCGCCAGGGCGCCGACGGCCUGAUCAUCUCGAUAUUCGAGUCCCCCGGGCCCAACUACAUUCGGGACCUCGUCGACGUUGGCCCUGCCUUCUACAAGCUCGCAAGAUGGAAAAUGCAAGAUGGGGGCGGGGGGAAGCGGUCCAUCCAGAUACCAUUGCAGCUCUUUAUGCAGUUCGCCUUGGGGGCGGUUGACUCUCUCGAGGUGCUGCACAACGAGAAGAAGUUGGUACACGGCGAAAUCCGGGGGGACGCAUUCCAUUUCAACCAAGAGACGGGCCAAGUGCGCAUGCUCAACUUUGGCUCUGGCGCCAGGAGUUUUGAGAAUGGGCUGACGUCAGCCGGUUGGAGCACGCUCAGUCGUGAGAUAGGCGUAGAACACAAGCUGCAAUUUAUAGCUCCCGAGCAAACCGGGCGUCUUCCGGCAGAACCAGAUACGAGAACGGACAUCUACAGUCUAGGCAUUUUGUUCUGGACAAUGCUCACGGGAGAACCGGCAUUUGAGGGUGAUAAACCACUCGAAAUAAUGCAGAGUGUGUUGUCGCGCCGUAUACCCCCGGUCUACCUGAAGAGAGCCGAUGUACCCGAAGCCCUUUCCGCCGUCAUCUCCAAAAUGACGGCGAAGAACAUCGAGGAGCGGUACAACUCGAUUUCCGGACUGAAAUAUGACUUGCACGCCAUGAGCACGAUUCUGUCCGAAGGAGACGGAGGCGCCUUGAAGGAAUUCAAGGUUGCUUCCAAGGACGUAUCUAGCUUUUUUGCCCUCCCCACGCGCCUCAUUGGACGUGACAAUGAAAGGCAGAUCAUUCUCGACAUCAUCGACAAGGUAUCUAGAAAUCAGCAUCCUUCUGUCAAGAAGAGCAUGUAUAGUUUUAGCUCCGCCUCGUCAUCGUUGAGCUCGGUCAAACCAGAAGCGAUUUUCGUAGAUGACCUAGCUGACGUCCGAUCUGAGAGCGCGAGCUCGACUAGUUCUCAUCAACGUAACGAGUCACGGACACCAAGAAACAAUUCAGAAUCUUCGCUCGUUGAAGGAGAGCAUCGGCCGUCUACGGACAGCCUUCCAUCCUACACCACAGAUAUUUCGGUCGCUCGUCGAACAUCUUCUGUUCAGCCCCCGGUCGAUGAUCCUGCGGAGCAUCUCAGGAACCACCACCGCAUGAAGAGAAGAACCCACUGUGAGGUGAUCGCGAUAGCUGGGGCUGGAGGUUACGGAAAGUCCAGCUUGAUUCAGUCGGUCCAGACUGUCGUCCGCAGUCGUGGAUUUUAUUUUGCAACAUCAAAGUUUGAUCAAGCGAAGCGAGCUCCAUUUGACCCCAUAUUGCGACUCAUGUCUUCUCUUUUCCGCCAGAUCUUCUCAGAGUCGAACAUCUCCACCGAGUUUCACAACAAUGUGAGGGCUCAUGUCCAGCCAGUCUGGCAUAUUUUACAUGGCUAUUUGGACCUUCCCGAAUGGUUGCUCGGCACAAUCAAUCAGCCCACACCGGAACUUCCGGUCCAGCCAUUAUCAUAUCCUACUUUCUCAGCAUCCGUAACUGGACGAAACGCCUCGCGCGUGAUGAGCACGUUCCUGGAAGUUUUGAAGAUGUUGGCUAGGCAGCAAUCCAUUUGCUUCUGCGUUGAUGAUCUUCAAUUCGCAGAUGAGGAGAGUCUAGAGCUGAUCCAGUCCAUUGUCAGCAACAGGCUUCCACUUGUUCUAAUAUUGACGUAUCGCGAAGAGGGGCAAUUAUCGCCUGGCAUUCGAAACGUCCUGGAACAAGCCACACAUAACUCCAGCUUGCGCAGGAUUGUGUUGCAGCCUUUUACCGAAGUACAAACCGCCGAGUUCGUUGGCGAGACCUUACACAGAGAUCCGGGAUAUUGCUUGCCCUUGGUUGCAACAAUACAAGAGAAGACGGGCGGAAGUCCAUUCUUCGUAAGAGAGAUGCUCGACACUUGCUACCGCAAAAAGUGUAUCCAUUAUUCGUGGAAAGACUCUGCAUGGCAGUAUGAUCUCGACAGGGUUUUUGCCGAAUUCAAAUCGACCGCUUAUGGCUCUCGUAUCAACAACGAUUUUGUCGUAAAACGGCUGCAAGAAUUACCUUCCGUAACGCGCUGCCUUUUGGUCUGGGCAUCCUUGAUCGGAAGCACGUUCUCGUUCUCUAUUGUGAAGCGACUGAUGCAAGGCGAGCACGCUGGCAAUGCAAGGGGCCUGCCCACAACCCAAAGAGACCCAAUCGAGGGCAUCGACGGGGCAAUGGCUUCCUACAUCAUCAUGGCAGGUGAGGACGAAGACCGGUUCCGGUUCUCGCAUGACCGAUACAUGCAGGCCGCUCAGGCCCUUAUUGAGAACGAAAACUUCAACCAAACAGAGAUGCACUUUGCAAUUGCCAAGACUAUGAUCGAGCAUGAAUUCCAAGACAACACUACGACCAGUGCGAAAUCUCUCUUCGUCAGAGCCCGGCAUGUCGCUUGUGCCGCAGACCUUAUCAAGAGCAGGGUUCAGAAUCGUGCGUUGUAUCGGUCCGCCCUUCAGCAAGCAGCUGAGAAUGCUUGCGAAGCCGGAGCUCGCUCGACCGGCUUGUUCUACUAUACGCGGUGCUUCAACUUGCUUCAAGAAAACCCCUGGGACGAAACUCUGCCUGAUGUCUACUAUCGAGAAACUCUGAACGUCUUUUCCCGUUCGGCAGAGUGUUACUGGUACCAAGGGUUCUUCGACCCGGCGCUAGGGUUGUGCCAGAACAUCUUUAGCAAUGCGAAGAGCGCCGUGGACAAGGCAUCCAGCUGGAUCCUACAGUCGCGGAUAUUUGCAAUGCGUGGAGACUCGUUCGCCGCCUUCGAAGCUCUCAAGCAGUGCCUGGUCGAGCUGGGAGUUCAGUUUGGGGAUAAGACGUGGGAGGAGUGCGAUGUUCAGUUCCACACGCUGUGCUCCGAAUUGAAAAAGCGUGGAGUUGAGCAACUUGCGACUGUGCCUCUGACGUCCGAUCAGAACCUGACGGCUAUGGGUGCCGUGCUCGUCGAGAUGGCAAGCGCAGCUUUUUGGACCGACUCGAAGCUGUUCUAUCAAAUGAGUAUGAUCAUGGUAGAGCUGCAUCUCAGUCGCGGUACUUUUGCCCAGGUUGCAGUCGGAUACGUUCACUUGGCCAGCAUCGCCAUUGGGCGUUUCAGCCAGGCCAAGUUCGGCACGGAGUUAGGCGAUGUCGCCAAGCAGCUUUUCCUAACGUUUGAAGAAGAUGCCUACACAAUCGGUAGAGGCGAGACGUUGCACGCUUUGUUCCUCGGGCAUCUCGAGACUCACGUCAGAGAGCAGCUACCUGUCUUGGAGCGCGCCAUGAACGCCACAAUUAUAUCUGCUGACAGAAUAGUCUCACUGUUGAACAUUGGCAUAGUCGCAGUGUUUAAGCUUUGGUCUUCGCACAAUCUAACCGAGGUUGAAACCUUUAUCCAAGAAACACCUCCAGAAUUUAAACAAUGGCAGGAAGACCUUCGGGGCGGUGUUUUCCUGAUCAGCACACGCCAGUUGAUUCGAGCUCUUCAGGGUAAGACCUCGGUGAGACGCGCUGAAGAAGUUCACUCUGACGAGGAACAUCGUUCGUCGGACUAUCUGUCUUUCAUUGAAGCACGAGCAUCGAACCCAAAGCGACCGAAAACGAUAUAUCUAAGCGCCGUCAUGACAACUCUGUUCCGCUACGGCCAUAUCGAGGAAGCCAUCAUACUCGGCGAAAAGCUUCUCUCCAUGAUGGAGGGAAUCUGGUGCAUGCGCAUGUAUUACUCCAACCUCUUCUACCUCUCGCUUUCAUACCUCAGUGCCAUACGAUCCAACCCGGCCCACAAGAACAGAGAUGAAAUGCGGAUGCGCGCCGAGCAGUAUACUGAGAAAAUCCGUGUCACCGCCGCCCAUAACGACGUGAACUACCGAGUCUGGCUAGAAAUCUUGGAUGCCGAGAUCAUCGACCUCGCUGGUGAUGCCAAGGAUGCCAUGAACCAUUUCGAAGAAGCUCUGGACCACGCAGAACAGCACGGAUUUUUGCUUGACCAAGGUCUAGCUUAUGAGCUUUACGCCGAUUGCGCCUCCAGACACGGUGCUCGCAGGCCCGCACGACGGCUCAUGAAGGACGCACUCCGGUGUUAUAAUCACGUUGGCGCCAUCGGUGUGUCUGCCUACGUCAGUGAGAAAUACGCAUGGCUUCUCGUCGGCAAAAGCAUCGUCACCAGCGUUGACGUCGCGUGCCAAACUGACAUUGUCGAUACUGGCAACACAUCGUUCAAGCUUGAAAAGCACGAAGACCAAAAUGUACCUCAGACAUCGGCAGAUCGGACGGAAGCUUGGCUAAGCCCAACGUCCAGCCCGACUCAGAUCAAGAGAAGCGAUACGCAGGGCGACUUGCCUGGCGGUUUCUCCGCCGUCGGCCUGGAUGUAAUUGAUCUGACAGGCAUUUUGGAGUCAAGCCAGGUCCUGGCAUCCGAGCUGCAAGUGGAUAAUCUCUUGGCUAAGAUGACCGAGAUCAUCCUCGAGUCGACCGGAGCCGAACUCGCGGCCAUCGUGACGGAGGACGAGAAACUCGGUUGGAGCUACGCGGCAACCGGCGGACCCGAUGGAGUAACGAAGUACCCAGGAGGCCAGACGCUGGAGUCCAUCGACGAUCAAGUAGCCCGCCAAGUGACGUUGUACGUCCUUCGUUUCAGAGAGACCGUGUUUGUUCAGAACUUGCUCGAAGACGAGCGGUUCUCGAAUGUGAACAUGUCCUAUCGCAGGCGCAAUCCAGACGGCAGGGCGGUCAUUGCGAUCCCGAUCCUCCACGGGGACGACCACCUUCUCGGCUCAAUCUACUGCGAGGGCGCGCCUAACCAGUUUAGCGAGCGUAACCUUACGGUAUUGCGCCUGCUCGUCAACUCGGUCGGCGUGUCGCUCGCAAACGCCUUAUUAUUCAAACAGGUCCGCCAAGUCAGUGCCAGCAACGUCGCCAUGCUCGAGAUGCAGAAGCAGUCGCUAGCUCAGGCUCGAGCGGCCGAAGUCAAGGCCAAGGAAGCCGAAGCGGUUGCGAUACACAACAUGAAGAUGAAGGAAGAGGCUGCCAAGGCGAAAUCGCUGUUCCUGGCCAACGUCUCGCACGAGCUGCGCACUCCGCUAAACGGCGUCAUCGGUAUGAGCGAACUUCUCAAGGGAAGCAACCUCAACAGCGAGCAAGAGGGCUAUGCCAACAGCAUCCGCGUCUGCGCUGACACGCUACUGUCCGUCAUCAAUGACCUGCUCGACUUCAGCAAGCUCGAUGCAGGCAAGAUGAAGCUCAUCACCGUGCCUGUGUCCCUCACAGAGACGAUCAGUGAAGUCGUGAGAGCAUUGUCAUUCACGAACCUCGAGAGGGGCCUCGAGACGGUGGUACGGCUGGACUUGAACCCGGAGCUCUUUGUGCUCGGCGACCCCGUCAGGCUGCACCAGAUCUUUAUGAACUUGCUAUCCAACAGCUACAAGUUUACGUCGCACGGCAAGGUCACGGUCGAGGCUGAGACGAUAAAGGAUGGCGGCGACUCGAUAGACGUCAACUUUAGCGUCUCAGACACGGGCAUCGGCAUCUCCGAGGAGCAGCAGAAGAAGCUCUUCCUGCCGUUCUCACAAGUCGAAGACGCCAGCAACCGGAGCUACCAAGGCACGGGCCUGGGCCUCAGCAUCGUCAAGGCAAUCAUCGAGACAACCAUGGGCGGGCGCAUCUGGCUGAAGAGCACGCCAGGGCACGGCACGACCGUCUCGUUCCAGCUGCGCUUCGAAAAGGUGUCGAAGAACGAUGCCGUCGACGCACCAAACGGCGCUUCGACGGGUGCCGAGGAAGCAGUCGAGGAUGAGCGCUCGCCGGGCGGGGGUGGCGAGCACAACGACAGCGGCGUGUCGGUGCCGCAGCAAAUCGGAUUGCCCAAGAUUCCGCGCGAGCAGAUCCGGGUGGCCAUAGCGGAGGACAACGCCAUCAACCAGCGGAUCGCCAUUUCGUUUGUCAAGAAGCUCGGCUUCCAGUGCGAGGCGUUCGGCGACGGCGAAAAGACGAUCCACGCGCUCGAGCACGCCGUCGUGGCGCGCGACCCAUUCCAUCUGGUACUGAUGGACGUGCAGAUGCCGGUGCUGGACGGCUACGACGCGACCAAGGCGAUCCGCCGCCACGAGGACCCGACGGUGCGCAACAUUCUGAUCAUCGCCAUGACGGCCAGCGCCAUCAGCGGCGACAAGGAAAAGUGCCUCGAGGUGGGCAUGAACAACUACCUGGCCAAGCCGGUGCGCGCCGCGACGCUCAAGUCGCUGCUGGAGUCGUACCUGGCGCAGGCGCCCAAGCCGAUGCCGAACCUGCAGCAGGAGGCCACGGAGCUCGCGCAGAGCGUCAUUCAGGAAGCGGCAGCAGCGGCCGGUGGCAGUGGCAGUGGCAGUAGUAGUGGUGGCGGGGACGGCAAUCCCCAGCAAGGCUCGGGCGCGCAGCAGGAGGGCAAGGAGGGGCAGGAUCAGCAGCAGCAUCAGCAGGACGAGGCGCCCGCGACGGGCGGCACCAGCCCGGCCGUGAUAGGCACGGGCGAGACGCUCCCGAUGGGCCUGCCCCGCCGCGUCUCGUCGGGCUCCACCGUCACGCCCGAGAGCCAGCAGCAGCUGCAAGAGCAGCGCGCGACGACGGAGCAGCGGCAAGAGGAGGCCGAGGCCGCGGCCGCCGAGUCUGCUGUCGAGAUUGACGCGGACGCAGACGCUGCCGCGGAUGCUGUCGCUGCGCCCACCAACGGACAUGAAGGAGCAGAAGAAGAAGCUGGAGGGCAGUAA